UAGAAUCCACAGCGACGUAAGAAACAAGGGAGCUCGUUUUCAGGGUUGUUUACUUGACAUAAAACCUCUGUAAUGUAAGGCCGCUAAACUACAAAUUGAGGAGAGAUAUGCCUUAAUGUAUUUCAUACGUGAGUAUGUUAAAUUCUUCCCUUUUUAUCAGUUGCAUAUGCAUGUUUUCCGGUCGAUAUCGGCUGUGUUGCUGCAACAUGCUAGCCUGAGUCCUUCGUUAGCUCAGGUGAUGCAAACAAAUGAUUGAUUUCUGUCCGUUCAUGUUGCGCACAGACUCGUGCACAAAGACGGUGCUUCUCUAAUUCAAACGAACAAUUCCAUAGCACACUGAAACGUAAGCCUUGCCAACACACACGUGUUUCUACUGGGUUCGUGGUUCCAGCCGGAGAAGCACAGCAUCGUCCCAGUGUGAGCUGCUCUGGAGCGGAGGGCGACUCACUGAGCUGAGGCCAGCAUUAGGGAGACGACUUGUCGUCCGUACGUCAUCCGGAUGAGGAAUGCUGGAAGUAUGCAACCCAUGUAUAGAAGAGAUGCUGGAGUCUGGCACCAAACAAGAAGUCUUCUCUACAAGAACCUGCUCAUCAAAUGGAGGACCAAGCAACAGAGUCUUCAGGAACUGAUCCUACCUCUGCUACUGUUGGGUCUCCUGAUACUCAUCAGCACCCUGAAUCCUCACGUCUACUAUGGAGGCAUCAGCACUUUGGAGCUGGAGCGUGACGACCACUUCUUGAAGGGCCUGGGCUUCACGCCGAUCAGUAACAUCACCAACCACAUCAUGGAAGAGGUGGCCCAUGAGAUGCACAUGCAGGAUCGUCUGGAAAUGUUUGCCAGUGAGGAGGACCUUGAGAACGCCAGCCUGUACGAGCCCUCCAGCUAUGUCGGUGUUGUGUUCAUGGACAGCUCUGCCACGUCUUACAGACUACGCUUCCCGUUCAACCAGCUGCCCUUACCCAGCGAUUACACAGAAUCUAUUGCCAACUGUUUCACCAGCUCGGUGAACUGCAGAGCAGCUAAUUACUGGUACUCUGGCUUCAUCCGCCUCCAGUCUCUGAUCGACGCAGCCAUCAUCCAGAUGCAGACAAAGCGUUCAGUGUGGAGUGAGAUGGACCUGAAGGUGGUGAUGAUGGGUCAGCCAGGCUCCGUGGAGGUGCAGAAAUUCCCCCACGCCCUGAUCUCCAUCUACCUGGUCCUGGCCUUCACGCCCUUCGUCACCUUCCUCAUCGUCAAUGUGGCAGCUGAGAAGGAGCAUCGCCUCAAAGACACCAUGACCAUGAUGGGGCUGUACGACACCUCUUUCUGGUUGUCAUGGGGCCUCCUGUAUGCUGCUCUAGUGACUACCAUGUCCUUCCUGAUGGCCAUCAUCGCUACAUACACGGCCCUGUUCCCCAACAGUGACUUCUUAGUUGUCUUCUUCCUCAUCUUCCUCUAUGGAAUAUCAUCGAUCUUUUUCUCCUUCAUGCUGACUCCGUUAUUUAAGAAGCCCAAGUUUGCCAGCACAGUGGGCUCCAUGCUGACGGUGGUGUUCGGCUGCCUGUCACUGUUCACCGUGCUGAUGAAGGACUUCCCACAGCCGCUGGUCUGGCUCCUCUGCCUGCUCUCCCCCAGCGCCUUCUCAAUCGGGAUCGCACAGGUGGUUUACCUGGAGGCCCAGGGAGAUGGUGCUGUGUUUUCCUCGCUGGCCAACGGCCCUCAUCCUCUUUACGUGCCCCUGCUCAUGCUGGUUGUGGAUUGCAUCCUCUACCUUCUGUUGGCUAUCUACCUGGACCAGGUACUGCCUGGUGAGUUUGGAAUGAGGAGGUCCUUGGUGUACUUCCUGAAGCCAUCCUAUUGGUCCAAACGCAGAAAGCGCUACGUGGAAGUGAGCUCAGUGUACGACACAGAGGUGAAAGGAGCUCCUGGUGACGACGAGUCUGUCGAGCCGGUUUCCCCCGAGUUCAGAGGGAAAGAGGCCAUCCGCAUCAACAACAUCCAGAAAGUGUACAAAGAGAAGGAUAAUGUGGUGGAGGCUCUGAGAGGUCUGACGUUUGACAUCUAUGAGGGCCAGAUCACGGCUCUGCUGGGACACAGCGGCGCCGGAAAGUCCACUCUCAUGAACAUCCUGUGUGGCAUCUGCCCGCCCACCAGCGGCUCGGCCACCAUCUACGGCUCCCCCGUAGCAGAGAUCGCAGACGGGUCGGACAUGAAGCAGCUGGUGGGAAUCUGCCCCCAGUUCAACAUCAUCUUUGACGUGCUCACCGUGGAGGAGCACCUCAGGAUAUUUGCCGCCAUCAAAGGGAUCCCACCCUCGGACGUCAACGCUGAGGUUUCCAAAGUGCUGAAGGAUCUGGACUUGGAGAAGAUCAUGACUGCUCAGGCCAAAAAUCUGAGCGGAGGCCAAAAGAGGAAACUCUCUGUGGGCAUCGCCAUUCUCGGGGAUCCAAAGAUCCUGCUCUUGGACGAGCCCACAGCAGGCAUGGACCCCUGCUCCAGGCACCAGGUCUGGUCGCUGCUGAAGAGCCGCAGAGCCGGCAGAGUCACUGUCCUCAGCACGCACUACAUGGACGAGGCUGACCUUCUUGCUGAUCGUAAAGCUGUGAUCUCUCAAGGACAGCUGAAAUGUGUCGGCUCUUCUAUGUAUCUUAAGGUCAAGUGUGGUGUUGGAUAUCAUCUCAGAAUGUCUGUCAAUGAGGGAUGUGAAGCUGAAAAGAUCUCAUCAGUGGUCAACCAGCAUGUUCCCAAAGCAAAGUUAUCUCGACAACACGAGGCAGAGUUGACAUUCACUCUGCCUUUUGAGAGCAUGGACACAUUUUCAGGCUUGUUCUCAGAGCUCGACUGUCAACCCAAUCUGGGAAUUAUCAACUAUGGCGUUUCAAUGACAACACUGGAGGAUGUCUUUCUUCGCUUGGAGGCAGAGGCUGAAGUGGACCAAGCUGACUACAGUGUGUUUAAUCGGGAGCAGGCGGAGGAAGAAUGUGACAACGCCUCCGUGGACGACACGGUCCAGCGGCUGCUGACGUUCUCAGACAGCAAGUCGGACGUGGUGUCGGGUCACGCUCUGUGGCGGCAGCAGUUCAGCGCCGUGGCCUGGCUGCACAUGCUCAACAUGCACAGGGAGAGGAAGGCCUUCAUUUACACUCUGGCCCUGUUCCUGGUGUUUGUUGCCGCGGUGCUCGUCCUGUCUCUGGCCACAGGAAACAUCCAGAUUCACUCCCCAGACCGUCAGUUUCUGCCCAUUUACCUCCUCAAAGGGAACCAGGUGCAGCAGAGAUACGCCACCAGCCUCCUGGUUCAGAACUCCUCAGGAUCUGAUAUUUCAGACUUCAUUCACAACCUGCAGUCUCAGGACAUCAAAGUGGAUAUGAUGAAACAGAGCGACUACAUGGCCGCAGCGCCCCACAGCGCCGCCAUCAACGUCACAGGAUCCAGCAAGGGUUUCAAAUACAGUGUUGCGUUCAACAGCACCACAGUUCACUCCUUGCCGAUGGCUGUCAAUAUACUAAGCAACGCUCUUCUAAGAGGACUGAAUGGUACCGGACAGAUCCGAACCUGGACCAAACCAUUUGAUUACCAAAUCCCAGAUGCUACGUCCUACGCUCUGGUGUACAUAGAGGCCAUCAUCCUGGGAAUGCUGGCAGCUGGAAUGCCUGCGUAUUUCGCAAUGGACCACACUCGAGACAGAGAGAUCAAGUGUCGCUCAACACUACGUAUCUCGGGUCUGGUGCCGUCGGCCUACUGGUGCGGCCAGGCAGCUGUGGACAUCCCCUUCUACUACCUCAUCCUCUCCUCCAUGACCAUCAUCCUCUUCUCCUUCCACACUGGAAACCUGCUCACCUCCAGCAACCUCACCUCUGUGGUCCUGUGUACUGUCGGCUUUGGUCCAGCCGUGAUUCUCUUCACUUACGUGUUUUCUUUUGGCUUCGCUCGAGUCCAGAGCAACAGGGAUUUCUUCUCUGUCAUCUCCAUGAUGGUGUGUGUGGUGUCGGCCUCGCUGGUGCAGUUGUCAUUUGUGAACGACAACCCUGGACUGACCAGAAAUCUGCACAAUAUCUUGUGUUUCUUCAACCCUCUGUAUACUCUCAUGGGCUGCCUCAACUGCAUCACCAAGGCGACCUUCCUCCCCUCUCUGUACGAGGAGAACUUCCUGUGGAAAAACCUUCUCAUUGCUAUUAUAGCUCCGUAUCUCCAGUGCAUCCUGCUGCUUUUCCUGCUUCGUUGGCUUGAGAUCCGUUACGGAGGGAGGACAAUCAGCAGGAUGUCGUCGAACCCCAAAGUGGAGAAAAACCCAGAAGAAGGGCUGAACGAGGAUGAGGAUGUUAGGAUGGAGAAGGCCAGAGUGAAGGAGGCUCUCACCUGCCAGUCCUGUGAAGACAAACCAGCGUUGGUUGUGAGUAACCUGAGGAAGCAGUACAAAGGCAGACGAGAAGGUUUCUCUCUGAACAAGACGAGGAAAGUGGCCGCGAAGAACGUCUCUUUCUGUGUUCGUAAAGGUGAAGUUCUUGGACUGUUGGGCCCCAACGGAGCAGGAAAGAGCACCAUCAUGCACAUGUUGUCAGGUGACACCGACCCCACUGCCGGCCAGAUCCUGAUGGGCGACUACAGCACAGAGUUCCGUCCAGUGGACAAUCCUCUGGAACACGUGGGCUACUGUCCUCAGGUGAACCCUCUGUGGCCCAGGAUCACUCUGCAUGAACAUCUGGAGAUCUACGCCGCCAUCAAGGGCCUGAAAGGAGAGGACGUACCGGGUAUCAUCAAACGUGUGGUGAACGCUCUGGAGCUGAAGGACCACUUGAACAAACAAGCCAAGACCCUGUCAGCUGGAAUCAAGAGGAAGUUGUGCUUUGCCUUGAGCAUGAUCGGGAAUCCUCAGAUCGUCUUACUGGAUGAGCCGUCUUCAGGGAUGGACCCCAAGUCUAAACAGCGCAUGUGGAGAGCCAUACGCGCUGCUUUCAAGAACCGUCAGCGGGGAGCCGUCCUCACCACGCACUACAUGGAGGAGGCCGAGGCCGUCUGCGACCGCGUAGCCAUCCUGGUGUCGGGCCAGCUGAGAUGCAUCGGCUCCAUCCAACAUUUGAAAGGGAAAUACGGACGAGGUUACAGUUUGGAGGUGAAGCUCAGAGAGGAGCUGACGGGGCUCCAGCAGGUGGCACUGCUGCACAAAGAGAUCCUCCGAAUCUUUCCGCACGCCGCCCGGCAAGAGAGCUUUGCUACUCUGAUGGUUUACAAGAUCCCCAUGGAGGACAUGAAGUCCCUGUCCAAGUCUUUCUCUCAGUUAGAGGGAGCCAAGCAAACCUUCAACUUUGAAGAGUACAACUUCUCCCAGUCGACCUUGGAGCAGGUGUUCAUGGAGUUCGCCAAGGAGCAGGAGAAGGAGGAGGACGAGGUCGGCUCCCUCAGCACCACCUUCCAGUGGCAGCGUCUGCGGCAGGACGACUCCGUCCCCGUCAACCGCACAGAGAGCGCCGUGCACCAGCUCUGAAGUCCACCUGAAGGGAGCCGGCUGGCAGCAGACCAGGACUGACCAAAUCCAGACCUGCCAGGACUCCAGCACCCCGAGGACUCACACCAGCACUCCCCCCCCCUAAACCGACGCCCACCUCCCUUUAAACGAAUGGGACCUGAGUGGGGGAGGGGCCUCGCGUACACUGGGUCUGACUGUGUGUGUGUGUGUUUUAACCCCUUGUCCACUGGUGCUCCGUGUUUUCUGAACCGCACUGACCAAGGGGCCUGCCGCGACACCUCCUCCUCAUUCUAAUGGUGUUUCUUUAUCUUCACAGGGAGUCGGUGAAAGGAAAAAAUAUAAAUAAUAUACAAUAUUUAUGCUUUGUAAUCUUCUCCGUCCGUUCCCCUCCGUGGGAGGCGUUACAGUAAGUGCGUUUGCUCGUCUGUUGUGUUUGUGAAACUGUUUUUUACCAGAACUGGGAUCCAUCCACGAUCGUACCAAAGCAGCACAUCUCUGAACCACACACCUCCUCACCUCCUCACACUCAAACUGAGACGUUCUUUUGAGUUUCUUUGGUGUCAGUAGCUUGUGCACAAAUAGUUUGCAUAGUAGUGUUAUUAUAUAUGUGGGGCAGUGGAGUGUGAAACACUAGAGAAGAGAUGCUCUCCACAGGCUUCCUUUAACACCAGCAUGCACUUCUUAACGUCCUGUCCCACGUUUACAUCAGGACCGAGUGUUUCUGCAUGCACGCUCACGACUACGUUGAAUAUUUUAGAAAUGUGGCAGACGGAUGUUGGGAUGAGGGUUUUGUGGAUGGAUGAUCUUUGCCCUGUGGCCUUCCUCUCUGCAGAUCUAGCUUUGAGCCAGAACCCGUGUCUUUGGGGCCGUAGUGUACCAGUCCAUGUAGCACGCCGCCCUCGCCAGACGUUAGCCGGGGCCGAUCCCCUCGAACACGGAGAGGUGGAGCUCCAGCUUGUGAUUUGUCGUCUCUCAGCCCGGUUUGAUGAAGGCGUUGGAAAACAGAUUUUGAAUGUACGUUUAGGCCUCCGGUGAGAGGAGGGUCUGUUACUCAGCAGCUUCACUUUGGUGCCACUUUUAAUCACGCAGCUCUGUUUUGUUAACUCUACCUAGCCUGUUUAGUGUGUGUGUGUGUGUGUGUGUGUAUGUGUUGUGUUGUGUUGUGUAUAUACUCUGAGUAGCUGCAGCUAUAUUUGCAGAAUCUCCAGUUUGUGCAAGCAGGUGCGUUAUUGGUGCAAUACCUGUCAGCAAACCGAUGAAUUGUAAUUUUUUUUCAUGACAUUCAGGUGAGAGGAUGAUCGAUUAAAGGGAAUUUAAGAUGCUUUGUUGGACAGACGGGAGAAUUCUGAGAUUUGUUGGGUCGGGUUUUAUUGUGUUGAUGAUCAUGAAUGGACCUGAGAGGGUGGGUUUUAUUGUGUUGAUGAUCAUGAAUGGACCUGAGAGGGUGGGUUUUAUUGUGUUGAUGAUCAUGAAUGGACCUGAGCGGUGAGUUUUGUCUCUAACGAAGCGGCUUCAGUACAAUCGUUAUGGCUGCUUGAGUACAAGGAGGUGGACAAAAUAACAGCAACACUUGAUCUAAUGCAAAACUAAACUAGACUUCACAGAGAAGAGUUUACCGGGUGUGUUGGUUUUGUCCACCUCUGUAAGACAGAAUAUCACCUCGUGUUUGUUUUUUGAGUUGGUCUCCUUGUCACAGAACAGUCGUGAAGCAGAAGGUUCAUUUUAAAGAGGUUGUUUGAUAUGAAUUAUAGAUGCUGAUUUGAAUAAAUGAUCCGAACGUCGUGGUUGUUUUUACACGAGGUGUGUGGGAGGAGCUACUUUCAUGUGUUUCUGUCCCAGAUUUUAUUUGCUGUUUUAAACCUGCUUUGUCAUCAAUAACUGAAGAUGAUUUAUGAAUUAUCCGUUUUUCUUUUGAUGCAUUUUGAGUCUGAAGCCAAUUUGACUUUCCAAACAUGAGAGCACAUUACUUCCACUAAAGAAUCAAAUACAUUUAACUGGAGAAGUUUAUUCCUGAGGUUUAUGCACCGUCGGGUAAAUAAUGACCUUUUAAAUGUGAAAACUUUUAUUUAAAUGCUGUUGUCUUUUUCUUUUUUUGCACACAUGUAGCCUUGUUCCCAUUCUAACGGGACAAAAUAAAACACUAGCUCUGCAUUAAGUUAAACGUUGACGUCAUGUCAUAUAUUUCUAACGGGACAAAAUAAAACACUAGCUCUGCAUUAAGUUAAACGUUGACGUCAUGUCAUAUUCCUAACGGGACAAAAUAAAACACUAGCUCUGCAUUAAGUUAAACGUUGACGUCAUGUCAUAUAUAUAUAUAUAUUAUUAUUAUUUCAGUAACAUGUAGCCACCCAAACACCCAAAUAACGUCUGCUUUCUUUGCACUUCUCUUCGUCACGUCUAGUUUAUUUCUCAUGAAGAAAGCUGUCUCUGGACGAGGAGCAUUCAGGCACUGAAAGUGGAGCAGGUUUCAUUUAGUUUUCCUGGUGGUGGUAACAUUUGCACUAUUUCUGGGAACUUUUAUAUCCUUUUGUUUAUAUUAUGCAAUCUUUGUAAGAUUAUCCGUGCACUGAUUUUAUUUUUUAAAGACUGGUUUGGCUGUAUCUCUCCUGCUACAUCACCCCAAGUCUGGAUGGACACUAAUGAACUCUGUGGUCUCUACACGACCUUUUAAUGAAUAAAUGUUAACCCAAAA